AUGACAUCAAUUAGUUUUCAGAAAAUGGAGAAUUCACAGAGGUCCAUGCAUCUUUACUUAGGGAUAUGCAUUUUGUCAUUGCAAUGGAUACUGACCUAUCAGCAAGUCAAUGUGGCCUUAAGAGGAAUUGCAACACAGUCUUCUUUAUACACCUAUUACUAUGCUUCCCUUGCUAUUGAUGGCAACAGAAAUUCGGUCUUGAGUGCCUCCUCAUGUUCACACACAAAAGCUGACUAUGGCCCGUGGUGGAGGGUGGAUUUGUUGGUUCUGUAUGACAUUAGCAAUGUAAUCAUCACUAACAGAGGUGACUCCAGUCCAGAUCGGAUAAAUGGUGCUGAGAUCCACAUUGGCAAUUCCUUAAUCAACAAUGGCAACAAUAACCCCAGAUGUGUUGUUAUCCCUAGCAUGCCUGCUGGUACUAUAAACUACACAUGUAAUAUGCGGGGUCGUUACGUGAAUGUGAUCAUUCCCAAUAUUGUUCAGUACCUCACGCUCUGUGAAGUGGAAGUUAAUGGGGUUCCAGUCCCUGUUUUUAAAAAGGCUUUUCUGAGAAUAAAUUUUAAAAGCAUUGAGGAUCUCAGCAACCCUACCAUGAGGGACAAAAUUCUUCAAAAGGUCAAAUCUGCCAACAUCCAGCCAGCAGUAUUUCAGGUCCAGUGGACAAAAGAACCAGAACUGGAAAAAAGAACUUAA